CUACGAAAUAAAAAAAACGCCCACCGUUUAAAACAAAGACACAUCCAUUAGCAAAAUAUAAAGGGCAUAUUCUAGGACUCGCAACUAGCUAAGAACCUAUUGUCAUUUGCUCUUCAAAGCCUUCUAAAGUAAAAAAAAACAAAAAUUUUUGCCUGAACAAUUUUUAAAUAAAAUUUGUAGUGGCUAUCUCGGACGUUACCGAUGGAUCCUGCUCACAGGAAGGUGAUCGUCGUAGAGUCAAAGACCAACUACGAUAAGCUCAUCGAUGAUGCGGGGGCCAACAAAUAUGUUCUAGUCGAAUUCUACGCCACCUGGUGUGGUCCUUGUGCGAUGAUUGGGCCUCGUUUAGAGCAACUGGCAACGGAAUACUCCGGACGCAUGUUGAUACUCAAGAUUGACGUAGAUCUUAACGAAGAUCUAGCCGUCCAGUACGAGGUUAGCAGCAUGCCCACGUUCCUGAUCAUUAAGAACCGGGUGACACUCAUCCAGUUCGUGGGCAGCAACAUCGAUAGGGUCGUCACCACGGUGGAGAAAUUUGUGGGUAAAAUUGACGAAUCGAAGGAAAAAAAUCAACACCGCGGAACCACAACUGCACCUCCGGUAUCGAAACUAUAAUGAUAUCGUUUUAAGGCAGUGAAUCAUCGAAAUUAUAGUGUGUAAAAAAUUGUUAGUACGUGUUGUGAACCUUAUUAAGAUAAAAUGAUAAAAGGUAUUGCAGUAAAACUUCCUUAAAUAUAACCAUUA